UCUUACCCACAGCUCACUCACCCCUCGAGGGCCAAGUGAACCACUAGUGCCUUGCCUGCCCCCACUACCUCCUUCCCUAGCACCCCACUGUCGCACUCCAAGGCCUCUCGCAUCCAUCUCGCACACAUCACUGCCCUCUCACACCUCUAAUCAAUCUGUGGUGGUUCUAGGUCAGCGUACCUGUCUCAGGGCGUUUCGCUAACAUGUGGAGCUGGUGGUUCCGAUACGUGGUGGUGGCGGCUGUGGUAUUGUGUGUAGGUCGCGCCGUGCCUGUAGACGACGCUGACGACGACGAUAACAACGACUUCACCCGGGUCGUCCGCUCGCAGCCUGGCUUCAGCAUUACUCACCUGGACAUCCGAGACGCCAUCCUGAUCUUGGAGAAGAGCAUAAAGGCGGUGAUCAACAAGCUGAACCGACACGAGGCCCGCGAGGCUCACGUGGCCGACUUCUCCACCAAGACCCUGAACAAACUCUCCUCUGAUCACGCCCUCACCGCCGUCAAUAUACAGGCUCUGGCCAUGCAGCUCGCAAAGAUGGAGGAGAGGCUUUUGUCCACCGAGGCUCUCAUUCAGACGACUGACGAGCGACAGCGUAUGAUGUUGAACCAGCUGUCUCAGGGUCUGGACCGGCUGCUGCAGGCUGGGCCACCCUUGGAGGUCUUCCCAGGUGCCCCCCCGAACCAGGAGGGUGACGAAAACGUCCUCAAACACGUUAAGAAACUCACCAGGAAGGUUAGCGCUGUUGACACCUUCAUGCAACGAGAGAUGAGAAAGGUCACGAACGAGGUCAAGAUUGUUGGGGAGUCACUAGAUCAGCACAUGGGACAGUUACAGCAGCGACAUGACCGCCUCUCAACCACCUUGGACACCUGCGAAGCCCAGACAGUGGCCUCCAUCCAGCAGCUGGGAGCUACCAUGGCUGCCACUACCGACAUGAUCCAGCAACAGAUGCAGCAGCAAGCAACAGGGUGCAAUGAGGGAGAGAGUGAAGUAGCCUCCCGCCUGGAUGCCCUGGACCUACACUUCCGUGAGCAGAGGGAGGAAUUGCACGACCUGACUGAGCAAACACACAAGAGUUUGGACGACCACUUGACCACUCUGAAGAUGCUUUUGGAUGAGAGCCAUGCAGGUCAAGCCAUCAUUAAUGCCUCUGUUGCUGAUCUCACCCACAACCUCCGCAACCUGAACAUCACUACUCAGGAGGGACUUGGACACUUCUCCUCCGAUGUUACAACAGCUAUUAAAAACAGUGAAGCCACUGUGGCACAAUCGAUGUCAACAAUUGGUAAUGAGCUAAAAGCAGAAACAUCAAAUAUCAUAGACAUCCUGGAUGAUAGGGCUUCACAGGCUGAGAACCUUCAGCACAUUGUCUUGGAAAAUUAUUCUGAAUUAUCUGCAGAAAUUAGCAGCCUGAAGAAGGUGGAGCAGGUAAUGAUCAACACAGCAGAUUCUGUUCUUGACACUAAACGUAGCAUUGAAUUUGGCAUCCAACAGAUCAUCCUAGAACUUGGAGAAAUAGUUAAGAACAGUGGUAGUACUAUCAACUCUACUCUCUCAGAUCAGAUCAGCAACAUCUCCUUUGCAAUCUUGAAGAACCAGACUUCUGCCCUCACUAACAUGACUGCGAAGAUGGAAAAAGAGAUCUCACAAGUAUGGCGGCAGAUUGGUAUCAUGUACCAACAAAUGACACAGUCUGUGGACCUCCUCGGUCAGCUGAAGGACACCACGAAGGAGCACAUGAAUGCUUCUCUAUCACGCGUUGGCAACAUGGACGGCACCGUCGACAAGAUCAACACAAAGGUGGCCGAUGUUGAGAGCAACCUCAACUACCUGCUGGGGCGGCUGUCUCUGGUUGUAUCAGAGUUUAAUCUCAUGAAAUCUGGAGUAGGCGAUGAGCUAAUGAGGUUGAGGGAGAACUUAGCUAAGGAGAACAACAAUCCUGUGCAGUUUGCUGGGGGUCAGCCAACUUCUGACGACGAUCGGUAUGAAAUCAGUCACAAGCGACAUGCCAUUUACCCUGGAACAUAUCCAGGCUAUAAUCCCAAGCCCCUCGCUGUACUUUAGGCUGCUAAUCAUUCAUCAUGUUUCUUGCAUUUGUUGAAAUCAAGGCCUGAAGGUAUUUCUAACUUAUCUUAGUAUUAUUUUCUAAUUUUGCCACUUUGAUUCACAGUAAAAUGUUCAGAACUAUAUAAUUUAGUGUAGUCAUCUUCAAGUUUUACUCAUCUUCAUAAGUAGAGGUACAAUUGUUAGGAAUUAUACAAUGUGCACUGUAUUGGCUAGUGUGUACUGUAUAUGUUUAUCAUAGGUUGAGUGGCUCCAUAGCAGUAGCAAAGUUAAAUGUCUGUCCAUUAUCGGAGUCAUAAAAUACUUUUUAUAUGGUAGUAAGCACUCCAAUUAUCACAAUUCAUUAAUUCACUUAAAAUGAUAUGUGACACUUUAUAUCUACAAAUUUAUCUUUGUUAUUGUAGGGAGGACCAUAGUGAAGUGUUUUGAGUGGCCAGGUGUAGAGCAGGUGGUCAGGAGGUGGUUCUUGUGAGGAGAUAAGAUGAGCUGAGGCAGGUGUUGUAGUGAUGGUGCUUCUAGCCACAGGUAACAUUCUAACAUGAUUCAUUAUCACAUUCAGUAUUUUGUACACUCAUUUGAUGAUACCUUAAGAGAAACGUAGCAGUUGUAUAAAGUUCUUAUAAAUUAGGAGAAUACUGUACCAUACUUUUAAGUAAUAGGUAAAAAUACUUAACUCUCAGUCAGGUAAGUGUUGUACAAGUACCGUAGUGUAAUACUGUAGUAGUGAGGCAACCAAGAACAAAGAGAAGGUUGAAGUAAUGUGGUUUAAAAUAUAAGAUAUCAGUUUUCUUAAAGCAUGAAGUAAGGGAAGUCGAAAAUGUUAAUGAUAAUCCAAGAUGUGACGAACAUUGCCACACAGUUUUAUACUCUGUACAAAUUUUGAAUAUGUUAACGAGACUUGAGCUUGGAUGAGAUUCAAAACAUUAAAAUCAGGACUAGAAUUACCAGGUUUUUUGUAACCAAUUGUAUAAAAAAUUCUGUAAGAUAAAACAAAAAUUAAUGACUCUUUUAAACAGUAAGA